UAACAGAGUCAUCCAAUUUCCAAUGUCAAUCGCCAUGGAAACACAAACAAACCCUCAUGUUCUUCUCUUCCCCGCCCCCGCCCAAGGCCACAUCAACCCCAUGCUCAAGCUCGCCGAGCUCCUUUCUCUUGCCGCCAUUCCAGUCACAUUCCUCACCACCGAACACUCCCACCGCCAACUCACCCUCCACUCCGACGUCCUCCUUCGCUUCUCUCGCUUUCCGACCUUCCAAUUCCAAACCAUCGCCGACGGCCUCCCCGACUCCCACCCUCGCACCUUCUCCCAACACCUCCCUGACAUGUUAUCCUCCUUCAUAUCCGUAAUCAAGCCCCUCUUCAGAGACAUGCUGGCCUCCUCCCAUUUCACCCCAAAUCUCACCUGCCUCAUCCUCGACGGCUUCUUCAGCUUCCUUGUUGACAUCAACGACGAUUUCGUUAAAGUCCCCAUCUUUUGUUUCCGUUCUUUGAGUGCUUGUUCUUCCUGGUCCGUUCUCUCCAUUCCUAAUCUCAUCCAACACGGCCAACUUCCUAUUAAAGGGGAGGAAGAUAUGGAUAGGAUCAUAGAUAAGAUUCCAGGUAUGGAGAAUCUUCUCAGAUGCAGGGAUCUGCCUGGCUUCUGCCGAGCCGCUGACCCAAAUAAUGACCCAGUUCUGCAAUUCGUCGUGAAUCAGUCGAUUCGAAGCACAAAAUUCGACGCUCUCAUUUUGAACUCAUUCGAAGAUUUGGAAGGACCCAUUCUCUCAAAGUUUCGAACUUUAUACUCCACAAUCUACCCCAUUGGACCCCUUCAUGCCCUUCUCAAAGCCAAACUCGCCAACGAAGAAACAGAGUCGUUGAACAGUAUGCGGGAGGUCGACCAGAGCUGUUUGCCGUGGCUCGACAAUCAGCCGCCGGGAUCCGUGAUUUACGUCAGUUUCGGAAGCAUUACGGUAAUGGGGGAUCACGAGCUGAUGGAGUUUUGGCAUGGGUUGAUCGAUAGCGGGAGGAAUUUCUUAUGGGUUGUGCGGCCGGACCUCGUGAGGGGCAAAAAUGGGGAUGUCGAAAUCCCGGCGGAGUUGGAAGAGGGGACGAGACAGAGAGGGUACAUGGUGGGAUGGGCGCCGCAAGAGAAAGUGCUUUCCCACGAAGCGGUCGGAGGAUUUUUGACCCACAGCGGUUGGAAUUCGAGCUUGGAGAGCAUAGUGGCAGGGAAGCCGAUGAUUUGUUGGUCGAAUGCAUUCGAUCAGCAAGUGAACAGUCGAUUCGUGAGCAAUGUGUGGAAGUUGGGUCUGGACAUGAAGGAUUUGUGCGACAGAGAAACAGUGGCUAAAAUGGUGAAUGAACUUAUGGUCCAUAGAAAAGAGGAAUUCACGAGAUCGGCUGCUGAAAUGGCUAAUUUGGCUAGACAAAGUGUGAGCCCCGCUGGAUCAUCGCAACUCAAUCUUGACCGUCUCAUCGAAGACAUUAAGAUUUUGAGCCAACAACCAAAGAUGCCCAAUUAGUCGUUUCAACGGUCACUAGAUAUAUAUUGUGUUGAAGAGUCACUAGUAGA